GGCGCAGCGCGGCGCCAUGGCGGCGGCUUGGCCGGAGCUGGAGGCGGCGGCGCGGGAGCGGCGGCGGGAGCUGGCGCUGGCGGGCGCGGCGGUGGCCGAGCGGGUGGCGGCGGGCGGCGGGCGGCUGCCGGCGGAGCUGCUGGCGCUGCCGCUGCUGCAGGCGCUGGAGCUGAGCGGGUGCGCGGCGCUGCGGGAGCUGGGCCCGGGGCUGGCCGCCGCCCUGCCCGCCCUGCACACGCUGGUGCUGCGCGGCAACGCGCUGGGCCCCGCCGGGCUGGGCGCGGGGCUGGGCGGGCCGCUGCCGGCCCUCCGCCUGCUCGACCUCUCGGGCAACGGGCUGGAGGCGCUGCCCGCCGCGUUGGGCGGCGCGGGGGGAGCCCCGGCGGGCGCCCCGGCCUUCCCGCAGCUGCGCAGCCUCAACCUGAGCGGCAACCGGCUGCGGGAGCUGGGCCCGGGGCUGGCCUGUGCCGCGCCGCAGCUGCAGGCGCUGCUGCUGGCCGGGAACCGCCUGCGGGUGCUGCCCGGCGCGCUGCUGCCCGCGGCCGGCGCCGUCCCGGGCGGGCCCUUCCCGCUUCUCAGCCGCCUGGAGGCGGCCGACAACGAGCUGGCGGAGCUGGGCGCCGACAUCGCGGCCCUGCCGGCCCUCAAGAGCCUGGAUGUGGCCAACAACCAGCUGAGGGAGCUGCCCGCCGCGCUGGCCGACUGCCCCCGCCUGAAGGAGGCCAACUUCAGGGGCAACCCGCUGAGGGACAAGCGGCUGGAGAAGAUGGUCAACGGCUGCCAGACCAAGGCCAUCCUGGAGUACCUGCGGGCCGGGGGCCGCGGGAAGGGCAAGGCCGAGAGCGCCAGGGAGGAGGCCAGGAAGAAGAAGAGGGAGAAGCACCAGAAGAAGGACGGCGGGGACGGGGAGCAGGACGAGCCGGAGGAGGUAGCCAAGUUGCUGGUGAAGGUCCUGCACGUCUCUGACAACCCGGCGCCCUUGGUGGUCAAGGCGAGCUCGGGCAUCAAAGACGUUCGGCCCUUCAUCGUGUGCUGCGUGCUGAAGGGAGUGAACUUAAAGCCAGGAAACGCUCUGAAGAGGUUCCUGUCUGUGCAGACUAAACUGCACGAAGACAUCUGUGAAAAGAGGACAGCAGCCACGAUUGCCACCCAUGACUUGCAGUUGAUCAAAGGUCCUCUGAUAUAUGACGUUCAGCCUCCUGAUAAACUGAAGAUAAUGCCCCUGGGUCGAAAGGAGAUCAAGGCAAAGGAUCUUCUCCGUCAGCUGCAGUUAGAAGCUGAGGAGCAGAGGAAACAGAAGAAGCGUCAGAAUGUUUCUGGACUGCACAAGUAUCUCCAGUUACUGGAUGGCAAAGAUAACUACCCGUGUCUUGUGGACGCCGAAGGCGUUGUGAUUUCUUUCCCUCCAAUAACCAACAGUGAGAAAACAAAGAUUAGAAAGGACACCCGUGAUCUAUUCCUGGAGGUGACAAGCGAUACCAGUUUGCAGAUAUGUAAAGAUGUUAUGGACAUGCUAAUUCUGAAAAUUGCAGAACUGAACAGAUUUACCUUGGAAAAUAAGGAAGACUCUGGCUCGGAUAACGAAUCUGAUCCUCUUUGUGGACCAGUGAAUUUGAACCCCAGCCAAAAUGUACAGCCGAUGAAUUUUCCGUUGGUAGUGGAGCAGGUUCGAGUGGUGGACACAGAUGGGAACUUGAAAGUACUUUAUCCUUCAAAAACUGACCUAACCACAGUUUCUUCUCUUCUGACUGUAACACGUUAGCAGCUAUCAAAGCUCAGAAAAUUAUUCCAUUUUCUUCUUCUAUUUUUUUUUCCCCAUAUUCAACAAUGCAAGUUGUGCGCAGUGAGUUGGUUUGGUUAUUUUAAAGAAAAGAUGCAGUACAUCCUGCCUGGAUAUGUAAAAACUUGAAAGUUUGAUCAAGCUACAGCAAGACGUAUUGCAUUCUUUUAGCCUUAAUAGAAAGUCAUCGGUAUUCUGAGUAAGUAGGGAGAACAGCAUCUUCAAAUGUGAACUUAAAAGGCAGAGAAGGUAUUGGAAGUCAGAAGGAAUUAACUUGUAGAGAAAAUCAUGACAAUGUCCUAGUGGUUAUGAGUAUAGUCAUAUUUUCCUGCAAGGUCACUAUUGCUUCCUGGUACGUUUCAGCUGAGUUACGAUUUUGGCAGCUAAACAGAGAAAUCCAGUAGGUGACAGCAGUGAAACGAAGACAGCUUGCAAAACUACUUUGCUGACAUCUUACUCUGCAUAAUUUUAUCUUUAUAUCUGGAGUAAUUGUGAGAAUUCAGUUGCUGUGAGAACUUGAGGAUUAAAGUGAUGGGGUUUGUGUUCGGAGAUAAACACGACUUCCAUUUUUAAGUGGAGCCAGUUGAGUUGGCUGUAGGGGUUUUUAUGUCCAGUGCAUUUUCAUGCCAUCAUCCAUCCUAGUGGAAAUACCAGUUGUAGUGACUUUGUUGUGUACAUUUUGUGUUACCGUUGAUCGAGAACUGAAUUUAUUCUUGCUCAUGAAGUGCAGCUCCAUUCAGAGGGCUAAUGCAGCCUUACGUUGACGCUACUAAAGCUCCAGGUCUCCCCAGAAUACAAGCACACUUGCCCAGAAAGACCCUCCUGGAGGGUCUUUCACACUCCCUUUCUGUCACACUCCCUCAUGAAUAGCGUUGGGGACACCUUCCAAAAGACAACUAGUUUGAGCACUUCUAAUUUUGGUGAUCUGUGGGUGACUUUUACAUCCAGGCUACUACCUGUAUGAAUACAGGUAAGCUGUAAGCCAGGGUGACCUACAGAUGGACUUUUUUUCUGUUAAAAGUGAUACAGAGCUCUGACUGAACUUCUAGCUACUGUGUCAAAUACAUCCAUGUGUUGGGACUUGCAUAUUGAAUGGAAAAAUAAAACGGUUCUUGCAGUCA